CUUGGUCACAUUUGCUCUAGAUUUUGUUUGUCAGAGUUUCCAAACAUCCUAAGAAGUUAUUUGCCACUAUGAUUGCUGGAGGCUUAACCGAGACCAAGCCCGCGACUUCAGAAAUCCAAGAGAUUGCUGACCAGGUGAAGCCACAGCUGGAAGGGAAAGAGAACAAGAUGUAUCCAUUCUUUGUAGCCCUGAAAUAUAAAACUCAGGUGGUUGCUGGAAUAAACUACUUCAUUAAGGUCUCCAUCAGCAAAAGCAACGAUGAGUGUGUACACUUGAGGGUGUUCCAAAGCCUUCCUCAUGAGAACAAGGGGCCCAGUCUUACCAGCUAUGAGACUGGCAAAACCAAAGCUGAUCCUCUGAGCUAUUUUGAUUGAGAUGCUUGGGAUGGGCUCUUCUGUUGCUCUUUUUGCAGACUUCCAGCUCAUACUGCCAGUGCCAAUACAUGGAUGAAAAUAAAAUGAAUCUGAUUUUGAAAACUAA